AUGGGAAUCGUCGACGAGUUCGAUCAUGUGGCGCCACGGUUGAGAGGGAAAAAAGAGGGCACCUUCGCCUACUUCACCGUCCGCGAUCGUUGGCCAAAAAUUGUGACUAGUCUUGUGGAUCAGCUUACACGAAAACGGGAUGCUCUUAUUGAGAAACACGGAGAGGAUGCCAGCGCCGAUAUUGCAGAUAUUCUGGAGAAGUUCUCACGUCUUCGGUACGAGAUAAUGACGGACAAACCGUUGAUCAACUUCCCAGAAUCUGGUCCGGACGGUAAAAUGUGGCAUGAUUGGAUGGAGGAACUCAAAACUGCUGUGAUGCCAAACGAUGUCGAGGAGUUGACCUAUUUCAAGGGACCAUGGUUGUUUGUAGAGUGUUAUCUCUACAGAUUCAUCUAUAGUGCCUUCCUGGCCACCAAGAAGCUGGCUGAUAUGGACUAUUUUGAGGACUCGAAACGGAAGAAUUUCCUUGAUCACUUGGACCAAGUCGAGGAAGGCGUUGCGUUCCUGAUGAAAAUCACGGCGAAAGAUUCGCCGGCUCAUGAGAUGUUUGGGAUUCAUCAAAUCAUGAAAUCCAGUUUGUGGGGGAAUCGAGCAGAUAUGUCGUUGACUGGUGGAGACGAUCAUACUAUGAAAAUGUCUUCCAUCGCUGCUUCUGUGCAACUCAAAGACUACAUCCUCAUUGACGACGUCAACUGGUUGAUGGUCAAAGUGUUGGCACCUCUCCAAGCCAAUCCUCAGAAAUUGAAAAAUCGGCGAAUCGAUAUUGUUUUGGAUAACGCCGGUGUCGAGCUGUGCGCCGAUUUGAUGAUGGCUGAAUUCUUCCUGGCACGUGGAUUCGCUGACAAAGUAGUUUUACAUGGAAAAGCCAUCCCAUGGUUUGUCAGCGAUACAACUGAGAAUGAUUUCAAUUGGACCGUGGAUUCAUUGCAUUUGGCUGGGCAACAGAGUGCAAAACUUGGAGAGCAAAUUAAGAAACGGGUCGAGAAAAUGGAAAUAAUCUACAAAGCCGGCUUGUUCUGGAUCUCACCUCAUCCCUACUGUGAUAUGCAAGAAAAGGCUCCAGAGCUUUAUGAGGAGCUGACUACGUCAUCACUGGUAAUUUUCAAAGGAGAUCUCAACUAUAGAAAACUGGUGGGCGAUCGGGAUUGGGACCUGAAUACAUCGUUCAAAAAAGCCGUCCGUGGAUUUGAUCCAUGCCCGAUUUUAGCUCUCCGAACUUUAAAGGCCGAGACGAUCGCCGGUCUCACCGAUGAAGUUCUGAAUAUUCUGUUGGAGAAAUUUGACGAAGACAACUCAUGGAUGACAUCUGGAGAGUAUGCUGUCUGUCAACUCGGCGGCGUACCACCAAUUGAAGAAUAA